GGGAGCGCGCCCGGCUCUGCGCCUGCAUCCCUGCCCGCCGUGCCGCCGGCAUGUUCUCCAGGAAGAGCCACGCCGACGUCAGGAAAUCCACGCAGAAGGCGCUGGACCCCAAGCGGGACGUGCUGACCCGCCUGAAGCACCUCCGCGCUCUGCUGGAUAUUGUGGAUGGAAGUGACCUCAAGCAGUUUUUUGACAACAAUUAUUCUCAAAUUUAUUUUAUAUUCUAUGAAAACUUCAUAACACUGGAAAACAGCCUGAAACAAAAAGGGAAUAAAUCACAAAGGGAGGAGCUGGACUCCAUCCUCUUUCUUUUUGAAAAAAUAUUGCAGCUGCUACCAGAGAGGAUUUUUUAUCGAUGGCAUUUUCGCAGUAUAGGAUCGAUUCUGAAGAAGCUUUUGCACACUGGAAAUUCUCUCAAGCUCAGGUGUGAAGGAAUCCGCCUGUUCCUGCUGUGGCUGCAAGCCCUGCAGACCAACUGUGGCGAGGAGCAGAUCCUGAUGUUCGCCUGCCUGGUGCCCGGCUUCCCCCCGCUGCCGUCCUCGCGCGGGCCCUGCACGCUGGAGAGCCUGGUCAGCCCCCCGGCCGCGCCCGACGCCAAGAUAUUUCCAGAAGAAAUAACGCCGCUUUUGCCAGCUGUCUCUGGAGAGAAAAUUGCAGAAGACCAGACCUGCUAUUUUCUCCAGCUCCUGCUAAAAUAUAUGGUAAUUCAGGCUGCCAGCUUGGAGUGGAAGAACAAGGAGAACCAAGACACUGGGUUUAAGUUUCUCUUUACUUUGUUCAGAAAAUACUAUCUUCCUCACUUGUUCCCAUCUUUUACAAAGCUAACCAACCUCUACAAGCCUGUGCUGGACAUCCCUGAUAUCAGGCCAAGGCCGGUGUACGUCACUGCAACACGGAACAAUGAGAGUGUCUACUGCACCAAAAUCCCCUACAUGGCAGCUCGGGUGGUUUUCAUCAAGUGGCUCGUUACCUUCUUCCUUGAAAAGAAGUAUUUAACUGCUGUUCAGAAUACAAAAAAUGGAGGAGAAAUGCUCCCUAAAAUUAUUCAGACGGUCGCCGCGGGCCAGGAGAAGAGCGCGGAGCUGGAGGCGGGCGCGGCGGUGCCGGCGGGCGAGCAGGAGCGCGGCCACUCGGGCAGCGGCAGCAGCAGCCUGUCAGACAGGAGGCUCAGCAGCUGCAGCCUGUGCAGCGUGGAGGAGCAGCACCGCGGUGUCUACGAGAUGGUGCAGGGCAUCCUGCUCUCCACGCGUGGAUACGUCAACUUCGUCAACGAGGUGUUCCGCCAGGCUUUUUUGUUGCCGCCUUCUGAUAUCUCCGCAACGCGGAAGGUGGUAAAAGUGUACCAGAAGUGGAUACUGCAGGAGAAACCUGUGUUCAUGGAGGAGCCAGACAAGAAGGAGGACAGCCAGGACGCUGUUGCUCCCUUGGAAGACUCCUCAGUGCAAACAGACGGUAAACAUCUCUCCUCGGAGCCCUGCGGGCACAAGCGCUCCUCCAGCUGGGGCAGGACCUACUCCUUCACCAGCGCCGUCAGCCGGGGCUGCGUGCUGGAGGAUGAGGACAGGGACGUGAAGGCUGGAGCUCAGGCUGCACUGCAGGUAUUCCUGACAAACUCAGCGAACGUUUUCCUGCUGGAGCCAUGCACUGAGGUCCCUUUGCUGCUGAAGGAGCAGGUGGAUGCCUGCAAAGCUGUUCUCAGCAUCUUCAGGCGCAUGAUAAUGGAGCUGUCCAUGAACAGAAAGACAUGGGAGCAGAUGCUGCAGAUACUCCUCAGAAUAACAGAAGCUGUGAUGCAGAAGCCAAAGGAGAACCAGACAAAGGACACGUUUGCUCAGAGCAUGGCGGGGCUGCUGUUCCGAACCCUCAUUGUGGCUUGGAUCAGAGCCAACCUGAGCGUUUACAUCUCCCGGGAGCUGUGGGAUGAGCUGCUCAGUGUCCUGUCCUCCCUGACGGACUGGGAGGAGCUCAUCAACGAGUGGGCCAACAUCAUGGACUCCCUGACAGCCGUGCUGGCCAGGACUGUGUAUGGUGUGGAGAUGACAAACCUGCCCCUGGACAAGCUCAGUGAGCAGAAGGAAAAAAAGCAGAGAGGCAAAGGUGGUGUUUUAGAGCCUCAGAAGACAGCUGUAGUAGGAAGAUCUUUUUCCUUAAGCUGGAAAAGUCACCCUGAAGUUGUGGAGCCAAUGAGAUUCAGAAGUGCCACAACCUCUGGGGCCCCAGGAGUGGAGAAAGCAAGAAACAUUGUCCGUCAGAGAGCCACAGCUAAGCGAAGCCAGUCUAUCAGCAACUGUGUCCAUCUUUAUGAGGCUUUGCCAGCCACUAAAAGUGUACCUCUUCUGCUUCACACUGUGAGCUCUCUCUUCCCUGGUAUCUCUUACACUUCUUGCUCUCACAGACUGUCAGAAGUUGAAGAAUCUCAGCAGCUGGAAAAUUCAGAAGGAACAGAAGCUGCAGGCCUUUUUGCAGACCAAGAGCAGCAGCUAACUCGAAGCAGCAGCACUUCAGAUAUUGCAGAUCAGAUUCCAUCUGAUUUUUUCCAAGGUAAAAAGGCUGGAAAUUCAACUUCAGACUCCAAAUCAGUUCAGGAAAAUAAGGGAUAUGUAAAGGAGCACGAAGCUGAGCAAGUGCUAAUGCAGAGGAGCAGCAGUACAGCUGAGUUGGAUCUGAAAGCAGACUUGCAGCAAUCUCACGGGUAUUACAGAGAGAGGGAGAAAAGUGAGAGCGUGAGCAGUGACACGUCCCUGGGCUGUGCAGCUGACGUGGACAUCGCCCUGGUGGCCUGGCAGGCGGCUGAGGAUGAGCCCGAGGCGGGGCCGGCCGCGGGGGCGGGCGGGGAUCCUGCGGCACCGCGCUGGCUCCAGCUCAGCCCCUCGCAGGAGCCCGCCAACCUCACAGACAGCAGUGAGUUCCUGGCUGAUGAUUGCAGUAUAAUUGCUGGUGGAAGCCUUAUUGGUUGGCAUCCUGAUUCUGCUGCUGUGCUGUGGAGGAGAAUCCUGGGAAUUCUUGGAGAUGUGAACAACAUACAGUCACCUAAAAUCCAUGCAAAAGUUUUUGGCUACCUUUAUGAGCUGUGGUUUAAACUUGCAAAGAUCCGGGACAACCUCGCUAUCAGCGUUGACAAUCAGUCAACUCCCUCUCCUCCCGUCCUGAUCCCUCCUCUCAGGAUAUUUGCAUCAUGGCUGUUCAAGGCAGCCAUGCUGCCCAGCGAGUACAAGGAGGGCAAGCUGCAGGCGUUCCGGCUGCUCUGCGCCAUGAUGAGCCGGCGCCAGGACCUGCUGCCCAACUCGGACUUCCUGGUGCACUUCUACUUCGUCAUGCGCCUGGGGCUCACCAGCCAGGACCAGGACAUCCUGAACACUGUCAUAAAGCACUGCCUGCCGUGGUUCUUCUUCCUGGGGCUGCCUGGCUUCACGAUGCUGAUCGGGGACUUCCUCGGAGCAGCGGCGCGCGUGCUGAGCGCGGACACGCCGGAGGCUCCCCGCUCUGAAGCUCACACCAUCCUUGGUGCUCUUGUGUGCUUUCCCAACACCUACCAAGGAAUCCCACAGCUGGGACCCAUCUCAGAAGCUGGUGAGAGCAUCACAGGAAGUGCAGAUUUGAAGUGUUGCCUCAUAAAUAUUUUAUUGAAGAAUGCCACAGAGGAGCCAUGUGAAGCUGCAAGGUGCAUAGCCAUCUGCGGCCUCGGUGUGUGGAUCUGCGAGGAGCUCACGGAGUGCACGAGCCACCCCCACGUGAAGAAAGCCAUCAAUGUCAUAGGUGUGACACUGAAGUUUUCCAACAAGCUGGUAGCUCAGGUAGCCUGUGAUGUCCUUCAGCUGCUGGUGUCUUACUGGCGGAAGCUUCAGGAGUACGAAUCCUCCCUGUGCCGGAAAAUUACGGAAAUCCUGGUGGCCACCAUCGCGUUCCUCCUGCCCGGUGCUGAAUACUCCUCCAUGGAAGCGGAUAAAAAGUUCAUAGUUUCACUGCUGCUUUGCUUGCUGGACUGGUGCAUGGCACUGCCCAUGAAAAUGCUGCUGGAGCCUGUGUCUGCUGGUGCUGUGGAGGAUCAACAUGCAUCCAGAGCUCCUUUGCUGGAUUAUAUUUACAGAGUCCUGCACUGCUGCAUCAAUGGCUCCAGCACCUACACGCAGCAAAGCCACUAUGUGCUGAGCCUGGCCGACCUCUCCUCCUCUGACUACGACCCCUUCCUGCCCCUGGGGAAUGUCAGGAGCUCCUCAGAGCCGGCCCAGUGCCCCUCCUCCACCGAUUUGGGCGACCUGCUCACCGUGGCUGAAGAGAAGAGGAGGAGGAAUCUGGAGCUGAUCCCUCUCACAGCGAGGAUGGUCAUGACUCACCUGGUGAAUCACCUGAGCCACUACCCGCUCAGCGGGGGCCCUGCCAUCCUCCACAGCCUCCUGAGCGAGAACCACGACAAUUCCUACGUGGAGUCCUCCGAGCUGUGCUCGGAAGUGUUCCGCAGCCCCAACCUGCAGCUCUUCGUGUUCAACGACAGCACCCUCAUCUCCUACCUCCAGAUCCCCGCUGAGAAGAAGGCGGGAGCCGAGCCGGCGCCGCCGUCGGACGUGCGGGUGAUCGUGCGGGAUAUCUCAGGGAAGUACUCCUGGGAUGGCCGGGUCCUGUACGGGCCUCUGGAGGGCUGCCUGCCCCAGCGCAGCACGGCCGCUGCCUUCGCCAUCUCCAGAGACCCUCAGCAGCAGCAGGGCCUUUCCCAGAGCGAUGGCUCCCAGGUGGAGGAGGGAGAGGACGCCCUGGACCAGCUGCUGGAGAGGAUCGGGAGCAGCAGCCCCGAGUGCCUCCCGCACCCGCAGCGCAAGCUGAACGAGCCGGCGCCGCCGCCCUGCGGCAUGAGCGCCGAGCAGGAGCGCGCCAUCACCGAGGCCCUGCUGCAGCAGAGCGCCCAGGAAAGGGAGUUCAUCCUCAAAUGCAGCUCGGACUGCAGCAUGAGCGUGGCCCGCCAGGAGCCACCGCCGCCUGCCCAGCCCCAGGCCUCCUUUUAUUUCUGUCGGCUGCUGCUGAACGACUUGGGAAUGAACUCCUGGGAUAGAAGAAAAAGCUUUCAUCUGCUAAAGAAAAAUUCAAAGUUGCUGCGAGAACUGAAGAAUCUGGAUUCCCGCCAAUGUCGUGAGACUCACAAGAUCGCCGUGUUCUACAUCGCUGAGGGACAGGAGGACAAGUGUUCCAUCCUGGCCAACGCCAGGGGAAGCCAGGCCUAUGAAGAUUUUGUGGCUGGGCUGGGCUGGGAGGUCGACCUGUCCACGCACGGCGGGUUCAUGGGCGGCCUGCAGCGCAACGGCAGCACGGGGCAGACCGCGCCCUACUACGCCACCUCCACCGUGGAGAUCAUCUUCCAUGUGUCCACCAGGAUGCCCUCCGACUCAGACGACUCACUGACCAAAAAGCUCCGUCACUUGGGGAAUGACGAGGUGCACAUCGUGUGGUCCGAGCACACGCGCAACUACCGCAGGGGCAUCAUCCCCACCGACUUCGGCGACGUCCUCAUCGUCAUCUACCCCAUGAAGAACCACAUGUUCUUCAUUGAGAUCAUGAAGAAACCCGAGGUGCCGUUUUUUGGUCCCCUCUUCGAUGGCGCCAUCGUGACGGCAAAGCUGCUGCCCAGCCUGAUCUGUGCCACGUGCAUCAACGCCAGCAGAGCCGUCAAGUCCCUCAUCCCUCUCUACCAGAGCUUCUACGAGGAGAGAGCUCUGUACCUCGAGGCCAUCAUCCAGAACCAUAAAGAAGUGAUGACGUUUGAGGAUUUUGCUGCUCAGGUCUUCUCUCCCUCUCCCAGCUACUCCCUCGGUGGAACUGAUUAGAGUGUUAAUGCUCUCGGUACAGUAACAGCCACAGGCUGCCUCACCACAAGUGCAAGCGCCGACCUCGCUGGCGUCGAGCUGGUGGAGCUGCCCCUGCUGCCACGUGCCUCCAGGAGCAGGGUCUCUGGGAAG